AUGUCCUCCACUGGCCCCUCCAGAUCCCCGGCUGCUCGCCCGAGCACAAUACGGGCGCCGUCGUUUACUCGGCAGAGCGAAGACAGCGAUCCUCUCCGCGUACCGAAGCGAGCUCAAACAUUCCACAACGGGACGACAACCGAUCCUUUGGCCGCCGCGCCGGCCACCCCUGGGAAGCCGACCCUAGCGAAUGAGCCCGAGGCUCCAGACGCGUUCGAGACCGCCGGUAGGCCCUCGACAGAUAACGAUGAUGGGUUCGAUGGCAGAGGCUCCGUGGACCUCGGCGAGCUCCCGAUCGAGCUGGUGAGCUUGACGGAUAGCUUCGUCGAAUCUUUGACCACCAAAACCUAUCCGACGCCGUUGACCUUGGACAAGGUUUCCGAGCUUUUCCAAGACUUUUACCAGGUCGCAUCCACUCACGUCAACACGCACGUCUCGAGCCUGAUCUCCCGGCACAAUCGGGAUGCGUCCCCUGCGCCGUCCGCGUCAUCCAAGGUCUCCACAGCCAGCAGGCUCCGGGCCAAGGCGGCUUCUCUCGGGAACAAGGAUAAACCCAAAGUCCUCCCCAGGCCCGAGCCGGAGCAGCAGAUGAUCACCGCGGAGGAGCUGGCCAACAAGAAGAAGGCGCGCAAGGCCAUUGAGGCGAAGCGGGGUAUCAUUGAGGAGGCGGUCGAGAGACGGCUAUGCGAGGGCAUCUACCACAAGAUCUACCGCCACAAGAGCACGCAAGACGAAGCGCAGGAUUCCAAGCUACGGUCCAAGACUGCGGCCCUCGCAUUGGUUGGGAUCGGCCCGGCCGACCUUGGUAUCGACCUCGGCGAGGAUGCAUCGCAGACCCCGGAGGCGGCUGCCGAAAAGGCGGAGGAGAUCAGGAAGUCGCUCGAGCAAGCAAGGAAAGACCUGAUUCUCAUGAACGAGAAGCGCUAUCCGCUCGGCAAGGUGCACCACCUGAAGGCGGCCCACAAGAGCAUCGUCGAGACUCUGGCGCAGUUUCACCCCUCGGCAUCUGCGGAUGAGAUCAUGCCCAUGCUCAUCUUCACCCUCAUCACGCUGCCGCCCGAGCAUCUCAACGUCAUCAGCGACCUGCACUUCAUUCAGCACUUUAGAUGGGAGCCGAAACUGACGGGCGAGGCUGCGUACUGCCUAACAAACCUCGAGGCGGCCAUUAGCUUCCUGGAGACGGUGGAUCUUUCUACGCUACGAGCCGACGAGCUGCCCCAGGGCCCCGCCAGGGACCCGAGCCAACCGGGCACGCCUCGGGCUGACACCUUCCCUCCGGCCUUCCCGCCUGGGUUGACGGUGACGGCGGAUUCCACGGUGGAGUCCGACCCGGACAAUGCCACCCCCACGAGGCCUCUGCCGUCGUCUUCGGCAUCGUCUGGGCUCCGUGCUGCAGUUCAGGCUCGGAAUAGAAGACUGAGCGAGCUGGUCAACACGCCUGCCCAGGCCAUUGGCGCCGCCAGCGACGCCGUGCUCAACACGGCCGACCAGCAUCUGAAGACCAUCUCGACGAGCUUGGGCGACAGUUACAAGUUUUUGGUCGGCAAGUUGCGCGAGACCCAGGGCACGCCGACCGAAUCGGGCCAGGGCCUUGUCGUGCCCAAGACGCUCGACGACGCCAGGAAGCUGAUGAGCACGCCGCCGCCCGACGAAGAAGGCUCCGUUAGCGGAGCCAGCUCUGUACACGGCACGGAGGAGGCCGAGUCUACCCGUCGCCCACCCGUCCGCGAAGACAAGGUCCUGAACCUCAUCGGCGGACGAAAGCCGAGCAGGGACCACAGCGCAGACAGCUCCCGGAGCGUGAACAGCUCGAAGAAGGUGCUCUUUGCGAAGGAAGGGGAGAAGGACCUGGCGACGCCGUCUGUUGCGCCCGUCACUAACCCUCUCGACUCUGUGCGGAACUUUGGGAACUCGUUCUCCAGGUUCUCUGGAAUGAACAUGAUUCGCGGUCUGAGCCGGACCGCAUCCACGCCGAUUCCUGCCAAGGAGGCGCCGAAGGAUAUUCCGCGGGAGGGAGCAUCAAAGGAUGUCGCAGCCAAGGUGGCCGACGGCGGUGAUCUGGCAAGUGUACGUUACCUCGGAGAACGACCCGAGAGACUUGUAACUAAUGUGGCUCGGCAGGCUUUCCCCGACAUCGCCGCUGCUCUGCCACCCAAGCAGACACCCAAGAUCAACCCGCCAAACAAGCGGUUCAUGGAGUUGCAGAACCCCGGCGACCUUAAGUUGGGCGAGGUUCUGGAUCUUUUGCGCGACUACAGGCGGCUGGCUAACGCACUAAAGGACAUGGGGGCGUUUGAUGGGCCCAAGUGA